AAUUAGCCUUGAGAAACAAAGUUGAACAAUGUCUCUAAAGAACACAAACUAGAGAGUAAACUAAACUAGCUUGUGAGAGCAUAAAUAUAUAUUCAUAUAACUUCUUUUUCCAAGUAAUAAUUUGAAGAUGGUUAGAGCUCCUUGUUGUGAGAAGAAGGGAUUGAAGAAGGGUCCUUGGACCUCAGAAGAAGAUGAAAUCCUCACAUCUUACAUCCAAAAACAUGGACAUAGUAAUUGGCGUGCCCUCCCAAAAGAUGCCGGCUUAUUAAGAUGUGGAAAGAGUUGUAGAUUGAGAUGGAUUAACUACUUAAGACCAGAUAUUAAGAGAGGAAAUUUCACAAAUGAAGAAGAAGAUAUUAUCAUUAAGAUGCAUGAAUUGCUUGGGAACAGGUGGUCAGCAAUAGCUGCAAAAUUACCAGGAAGAACUGACAAUGAAAUAAAAAAUGUGUGGCACACACAUUUGAAGAAGAGACUAAUCAAAAACACUAAUAAUCAACCAAAUUCAAAUACCAAAAAAAGAGCAUCAAAAUCAAAAAUCAAAAGAACUGAUUCCAAUUCAAGUACUUUAAUUCAAUCACAAGAUCCUUCUAAUAGUCCUAAUAAUAAUUUAAUUGAAAUGGAAACUGCAUCAUCAAAUUCCAAUUUUUCUAGUGAUUUUUCAUCACAAGGAAAAAAUAUUGACAAUAGUGUCAAUAAUUUUGAAGACCCUGAAGACUCAUUGGUGACAAUGCUUGAAAUUGAUGAGAGUUUUUGGUCAGAGACAAUAACUGAUGAUGAAAUAAGUUCAACCAUGCCAUCAAAUUCUAUGACAAUUAUUUCAAAUGAAUUGCCAAAUGAGCAAUAUCCUAUUAAUAAUUCGUUGGAAAAUAUCCAAAAAUCCUUUGAUGAUGAUGAUGGUAUGGAUUUUUGGUAUGAUCUGUUCAUUAGAUCAGGGGAAACAACAGAAUUGCCAGAGUUUUAGACAUUUUGUUGGUGUUACUAAAUUUGGCAUAUGCCAAACAUUUUUUUUAAUUAAAUAAUGUUACUACCAGCUUUUAGAGGGUGAUGGGCAAAAAGGGAAAUACAAAUUUUUGUUUAUUCAAUAUAUAUACUGUGGAAAAUAGCUAAAUAAUAUUUUUCUUUUUUAUUGUAGCAGAUUAUAUAUUAGGUUAGAGUUAUUCAAUUGCAAUAGCAAUAAAUUAUGUACUAUGUGAAUGUGAAGUAUUCAAAACUUUUUUCAUUUCACUCAGGGAAAAAUCCAGAAGCUUAUCAUACCGGGGGUCGAAAAAUAGUAAAAUAAUAAUAAAAAUGAAUGUAGAAUUUCUAUUA